AUAUUUCAAUGUAGGAAACGGUCAGCAAUGACGACGACCUACAUAACUUUUGACAAGUAAAUGCAGCAUGAAACAUUAGCUAAAAAUCAGAAUUAGCAUUUUAUUAAAUCUUGAAGCAGCACAACAGUUCAUCGAUUGACUAUAAAAACAGAAAAAGCAAACACCGAUUUUCUUUCAGCUGCUGAUCUUUUUUGUUCAUCAGCUAAUACAUCGUUCAUUUUACGUGCUUAGCUACACCAUGGAUAAAAUAACAGAUCAAAUUCACGUAUACUUUUUACCAAUGAUGGCUCCAGGCCACAUGAUACCAUUAGUAGACAUGGCUAGGCAAUUUGCUAGGCAUGGUGUGAAGGCAACAAUUAUCACGACUCCCCUCAACGCAUCUAAAUUCUCCAAAACAAUCCAAAGAGAUAGAGAGCUGGGCAGUGAUAUCAGCAUCCGUACGACUGAGUUUCCUUGUAAAGAAGUUGGAUUGCCAGAGGGCUGUGAAAACUUAGCUUCUACUACAAGUUCAGAAAUGACUCUAAAAUUCGUCAAAGCCUUGUACUUGUUUCAACAGCCACUCCAACAGUUCCUGGAGGAAGAUCAUCCCGAUUGUAUAAUAGCAGGCAGUUUCUUCCCAUGGACUGUUGAUGUUGCAGCCAAGCUGGGGAUUCCAAGACUAAGUUUUAGUGGCUCGGGUUUGCUUCCUCUUUGUGCUCAUUACAGUUUGAUGGAACACAAGCCUCAAUUGAAAGUUGAAUCUGAGACGGAAGAGUUCAUCAUCCCUGGCCUUCCCGACACAAUAAAGAUGUCAAGACAACAGAUUUCAGACCAUUUAAAGGAUGAAAAAGAAACCCCGAUGACUGAAAUAGUUAAUGAUAUUCUGAGAGCAGAAAAGAUUAGUUACGGAGCUAUUGUAAACAGCUUUUAUGAGCUGGAAUCAAAUUAUGUAAAGCACUACAGGGAAGUAGUAGGGAGAAAAGCCUGGCAUGUUGGUCCAGUGUCGCUCUGCAACAAAGACAAUGAAGAUAAAGCCCAAAGAGGCCAAGAAAGUUCCUUUUCUGAGCAACAAUGUUUAGAUUGGCUCAAUACCAAGGAACCAAAAUCGGUCAUUUAUAUCUGCUUCGGCAGCAUGUCAAUCUUCUCAUCGGCUCAGUUGCUUGAGAUAGCAAUCGCUCUUGAAGCAUCAGACCAGCAAUUUAUUUGGGUGGUGAAGCAAAGCACAACAAAUGAAGAGCAGGAUAAAUGGAUGCCAGAAGGAUUUGAGGAAAACCUGAACGGGCGAGGUCUGAUAAUAAAAGGAUGGGCACCUCAGGUGUUGAUCCUUGAUCACGAAGCCAUUGGUGGUUUCGUGACUCACUGUGGAUGGAACUCAUUGCUUGAAGGAGUAGCUGCUGGAGUGCCAAUGGUUACGUGGCCACUGUCAGCGGAGCAAUUUUUUAAUGAAAAGCUGCUUGUAGAGAUACUAAAGAUUGGAGUUCCAGUAGGUGCUCAGGCCUGGUCUCAAAGAACAGAUAGCAGAGUCCCAAUAAACAGGGAAAACAUACAGAGAGCAGUGACCAAACUGAUGGUUGGUCAAGAAGCUGACGAGAUGAGAAGGCGUGCAGCUGCCUUGGGAAAAUCGGCUAAAAUGGCCGUGGAGAAAGGCGGAUCCUCUGACAACAGCUUGGUUUCCUUACUAGAAGAACUGAGGUGGGGCAUGAGCAGCUCCAACUGAUGGGAAUUGUUUAAAUGCAAUAAAACCAGACCAUUAUAAAAAAAUUGUGGAUCAUGCUACUAAUUAGGCUUUUUUUCUUUCCAUCUUUCUUCAUUUGGUUGUGUCUUCCAUGAAUUGAAAACUGUGAGUCCCAUAAGAGACACAGCAUUGUUCGACAUAUUUACAAGAGAAGAGGAGAUUAUAUGAUUCGUUUUGUCCAUCUUCAAAUAUAUUAAAGCUCACUAGAACCUGGGAAAAUAUAUUGUUACAUCAAUAUAUGUGUCGAGACAAUUUGGACUUGCACCCUAUGCGUAGUAUGAGUUUGCACUUGUUAGGCUUGGCACGAUCCUGCUUGACCAUGGAAUAGAUAGUUUGAUUUCCCUUGA